AACAUCUUAGACCAAUGUAAAGAAUGGACCGGCACCCUAGAGCCUUACAUGGAGGGUCUUGCCGCGAGCCUCCACCCCCAAUACCCCCGACUCAAGGCCACUGUGCUGGCCAGGGUGACAAGCCCAAGAAAAUAAAAAAGAAACCUUACGAGGAGAUAGGAGCUACCUUCAAUGGGAAUGAGGUCAAGAUCCGAGUGCCAAAGAGCACUUUCAAGCCGCCAAUCCUAUCCCCGUCGCAACUGAAGCUGCAGCAAGAGUGCACUUGCGACGAAAACGACUCGGUCUGCGACGAAACUUGCGGAUACCACACCAAGAACGAAGAUGAGCCAGCUAAUAAAUUGAAUUUUUUGAUCCCAGACGACAUCUGCGAGGGUCUGACCCGGCGCACGGCUCUGAACUCUGAAGUGGUCUACAGCAGGAAGGAGGUCCACAACCCCCUCUGUCAGACCUGCAACGUGACUCCAGAAGAUGCUCCGAAGGGGGUGCUGGCUCAGAAGCUGCUGCAUCCUGACAAAGACGUGUUUGUGCUGAAGAUAGGCAAGCAGACUGAUGAGCCGAACCGCACGGGGAAUAUUGAGGUGGAGCUGAUAACCCCUCGAGCUCCGCCCAAGCUGAUGCCGGCGGCCCACGCCUGCAAGCAGAUCCAGUGCGAAGAGUACGAGAUACCCUGCCUGAUGCCGUGCAGGCCGUGCCGGGCGCCGCGGAGGAGGGGAAGACGGGGGUACCGGUAGGGGAUAGGGGUACCGAU